CUCCCGGGCUGGGUGAGGGCAGCACCCCGGUUCUACAGGAUGGCAGCACUGCAGGAGAAAAAGUCAUGCAGCCAGCGGAUGGAGGAGUUCCAGCGCUACUGCUGGAACCCAGACACGGGGCAGAUGCUGGGCCGGACACUGUCCCGGUGGGUGUGGAUCAGCCUCUAUUACGUGGGUUUCUACGUGGUGAUGACCGGAAUCUUCGCCCUGUGCAUUUACACGCUGAUGUGCACGCUCGACCCAUACACACCCGACUACCAAGACCAGCUAAAGUCACCAGGGGUGACCUUGAGGCCAGAUGUCUACGGGGAGAAAGGCCUGGACAUUUCCUACAACGUCUCUGACAACAGGACCUGGGUGCACCUCGUGCACACGCUCCACGACUUCCUGGCAGGCUACUCGCCAGCUUCCCAGGAGGACAGCAUCAACUGCACCUCCGAGAAGUACUUCUUCCAGGAAAGCUUCCAGGCCCCAAACCACACCAAGUUCUCCUGCAAGUUCACAGCAGACAUGCUGCAAAACUGCUCAGGUCUGACGGACCCCAACUUCGGCUUCGCGGAAGGAAAGCCGUGCUUCAUCAUUAAGAUGAACAGGAUCGUGAACUUCCUGCCCAGCAACAGCACAGCGCCCAGGGCGGACUGCGCCCUCCUGGACCCGCACGAGGACGCCCGGCCCCUCCAGGUGGAGUACUACCCGCCCAACGGCACCUUCAGCCUCCACUACUUCCCCUACUACGGCAGGAAGGCGCAGCCCCACUACAGCAACCCUCUGGUCGCCGCCAAGCUGCUCAAUGUCCCCAGAAACACGGAGGUCCUCGUCGUGUGCAAAAUCCUGGCCGACCAUGUGACCUUCGACAACCCCCACGACCCCUAUGAAGGGAAAGUGGAGUUCAAGCUCAACAUUCUGCAGUAGGGGGAGGCCGGCCUGCCCCGCGGGCCCCUGCUGCCCCCCACCAGGCCUCCAGCGCUCCGCAGCCCGCCCAGGGAACGGCCGGCAGGCCCCUGUGCCCCAAGCACCUCGGGCAGAGUCCGCGGCCUCGCUCCCUCCUUUCCCUUCGACCCCGAGUCCGGAGCUGCGGUAACAACCCGGGCCAGCGUGGUAACUGCGAGGCAACAGCUGCCCGACCACCGGGCCCCGAGGACGGCUCAGAUGGACGGCAUGUUCCUCUCCGCAGUGCCGGCACCGUGUCACACGGACACGGCUCGUGCCCCCAGAGAACAGGACGUACGACGAAAAUGGGCAUCCUGAAGUUUGCUCCUACAGAACGGAAUUCCUAAACUGUAAAAAUCAAACAUUAAAGUCACUCUUACUCGG